UCACUGAAGCAGACACCACCACCGUACGUGGACUUAAGGGAGGGGAUCCAUUGCAUGGCGAUACAGCGGCAACAAGAUAUUUGCUGCUCAAGAUUUGAUGAGCUCUCCUUGGAAACUCUCAGGUGUGUCAUCGCUCUUUGAGCCCUUCUCAGGUUUACCGCUGAAAUUACAUGAACAGUCCCCUAAUGACCAACGAGAGUUGCCCAGCGCACACCUUGCAUGCAAGCCCAACGGGCCUAAAACGAUGCUGAGCUCCGCGAGGUAGAAUCUCAUCAUUGCUUUGCAGAGAGGUCUGCCCUGCAAUGAAACUUAUGAUCUUGAGUGACAAGUAAUAUCGCUGCAUGUAUGCAUAGAUCUGGCUCAUAUCUCGUUCCUCAUCCUCAUCCAACAUGGAAGUCCCCGAGAAAGCCAAACGCACUAUGUCUCACAAUUAUCUUUGUCCUUCCUUCAAUGCGGCAGGCUGAGUGACCGCCACAUGAUGUAAGAACGAAAAAGCCUGAUCAUUUCCCAAUCGUCCGCGUGGUGCACUGUAGAUUCAUAUUCUUCGUCCUCCCUUUCCGUUCCUGCUGACUUCCUUCCAUGGCGACUCUCCCUUGUACUGCAGGCUUGUUUCUCUGCCCCCAAUCUCCUCCGUGUCUGGAGUACAGAAUGGAUCAUUUUCUGCAUGCCCUUUGACCAACCAUGCACUCCUCUGCCUCCAGCCCAGGCCCCUACCCACCCCCACCAUAACCUAUCAACAGUAGGCUCAGACCUACACCUAUACCCCACUCCCCCUCCCACUCCGGUCACAUUUACCUUUCUCUACUUUUGAGAACUGGGUCGUACUUUCACCUAUCCUCCGUCUCGCAUGUAGAUAGUACCUCGCCUCGUUGUACUGGUUACAAUCGCAUCGGUACCUCGCAUCUCUGUACGUUCUAUUCACCCAUUUCGACGCUCAGAGUCUUUUCAUAUUGUUUUCCCUGUUUUCUGUCUUCAGUUCCCGAAUGUAGACGUUUUGUCCUUAAAAUUAACAUCCUUAACUGACUGCACACAUGAUCAUGAGUCUCUGAUCCUCAUACAGGCUGGACAGACAUACUCCAGUCCAUUUUCCCUGACUGGGAUCUCACCAUGAUUCUACACGUUGUGGAAUGAUGCUCAUUCUCCCCAUAACUAAUGCUUCAGCCCAUCUCCCCAUAAUGGGUCUCUUAAAAGUUUCAUAUCCACACUAUCCCCUUGUCCAUUGCUAAUCUUGAGAUUUAGGCAUCUUCGUUGAGUACACCUAGAGUUUUGGACGCGCCUUCAUGAUGGGAAGAUGUCUUGGUGUCGAUAAAGCUGUAAUGCACAGGUUUCCCUGUUCUCCUCCAUUCGUAGUGUGUGAGGUGAGUUGUAUCUUAAUUCUUGCCUUUGGGCUUCACGCGUAACCUAAAAGGUAAAUGAAGAUAAAGUAAUCUCCACAUGAUGAUGAUGACGAAUAUCUACAUGUUUGACCUAACAAGGUUUACAAUGAAGAGAGUCAACCAAGCAUCAGCCCACGUUGGCAGUAGGACUUCGUACCAACUGAGAAUUGAAAGCUACGUUGAAGUGGGUGAGUUACAGAGAGGGGAGCAUAUGGUGCAAUCAAAAGGGCCGAUGCUUCUGUCUGGAAGAUAAAUCUGAUAUGCUUAUCCGUAAAUCCCAUGAGACUCUCUCUGUCGCUCGAAGACAGUCUGUACUACCAUGUCGACCUCGAACCCUCAGAGCCCCUCUCAAAUCACUCAGUAGAUCGUAUUAAGCAGGUGAAGCCCAGUCUGUGUGUGGGGUUUUUUCCCUUCUCUUAUACAUCAUCAAUACAAGAACGGACAGUAGUAAAGUCGGGUACGACUGUCCUCUUCUCUUACCUGUACUGUAUAGGUGUAGUUGCAUCAUACCAUAAACGUCGAGAAAAUGAGUGUUUGCCCGCCUACCUUUCUCUCCCAGGAACCUUCGGCGUUGCUAUACGCCUGCAUGAAAAUAGCAGAAUUAAUCUUUGAUUUCUGGGGGAAGUUGAAGAGGUAAAGCUUUUUCCUGCGGGAAAGAUGAUGUUAGAGGAGAUCCACGGGCAACGUCGACAUACAUCGUGAGUUGUUGAUCGUGAUGAAGAAAGCUCAACAUUUUUAGGAUCCCUGAACUCUGAACAUAAGAGUACAUACCAGUUGUAAAAUCUACCAGCUCUUCUCUUAUUGUUAUUUUUCUAUAUCUAC